GUUGCAUGGAACUUCGUGAAGCGGUCUGCGUUAGCAUGCUGCUGCGGGCUAGCGUCGUGUAACAAGACGGUCAGUUCAUGGUCCCCGCAGAGAUGAGGUCCAGGAACCGAGACACCUAGAGCGGUACCUCCGAACCGACGCAGGCUGUGGCUGUCAGCAUGGGAGACGAUAACGGAGUGACCGGAGACCUGAACGCCAACAUGAGGUUUCAGGCCACCGGCGACCCGCGGCUGGACAAAGCGGUGCACCAGUGGUUGGCGUGGGACAAGAACGGGGGGUACGAAGAGUCGGCCUGGAGCUGAGCUCCGCUGCGUUCACGGCCACUGGGAAAAGCUGGACAGAUGCUGGAAAACAUUGGCGUUAAAUACGACCGGGGUCCAGAAACUCUUCAGGGUCCCUGUUGUGUGGUGCAGAACCAGUGUACACUGGCUCAGAUCCAGUCCCUGGUGGCAGCAGCUCGGUUUGAGGAUCUGAAGUCCAGACUCUGCAGCAGGAUGAGCUUUGGUACAGCUGGACUCAGAGCACCAAUGGGAGCCGGAUUCAACCGGAUUAAUGACCUCACAAUCAUCCAGUCAACACAGGGUUUAUUUUCUUACCUGUCCAGGUAUUUUGCUGACUUCAGUAGCAGAGGAGUGGUUGUUGGUUUUGACACCAGAGGACAGGAGGAGAGCGGCUGCAGCAGUCAGAGGCUGGCAAAGCUGACGGCUGCUGUGAUUCUCAGCAGAGACGUUCCUGUUCAUCUUUUCUCCUCGUUCGUCCCAACGCCGUACGUGCCGUACGCUGUAAAGAAGCUGGGAGCAGCAGCUGGAGUGAUGAUCACUGCUUCACACAAUCCUAAAGAGGAUAACGGGUACAAGGUGUACUGGUGUCAUGGGGCUCAGAUCAGCUCACCUCAAGACAAGGAGAUCCUGCAGAGCAUCGAGGAGCAGCUGGAGCCCUGGAGCGCCUCCUGCUGGGACGAGGAGCUGGUGGAGAGCUGCUGCCUGAGAACCGACCCGCUGACCCAGAUCAAUAGCUGCUACAUGGAUGAACUCACCUCCCUCUGCUUCCACAGGGAUCUGAACAGAGGUUGCCCGUUAAAGUUCAUCCACUCAUCCUUCCACGGUGUCGGACACAUCUUUGUUCAGCAAGCCUUCGAGGCCUUUGGCUUUGCUCCACCGAUUCCUGUUCCUGAGCAGAAAGACCCUGACCCAAACUUCUCCUCUGUGCUCUGCCCCAACCCUGAGGAGGGAGAGUCCGUCCUGAAGCUUUCUCUUCUUCUGGCUGAGAAGGAGAACACCAGCAUUGUCCUGGCGACGGAUCCUGAUGCCGAUCGCUUGGCUGUAGCAGAGAAGUGUGAUGGGUGCGGGUGGAAGGUGUUCACAGGGAAUGAGCUGGCAGCUCUGCUGGGUUGGUGGAUGUUGUUUAACUGGAAGGAGAACCACCCAGAUCCUGCAGACACUGAGCAGGUUUACAUGUUGGCCACCACCGUGUCCUCCAAGAUUCUGCAGGCCUUGGCCCGCAUCGAAAGGUUCCACUUCGAGGAAACUCUCCCAGGAUUCAAGUGGAUUGGCAACAGAAUACAAGAACUCUCCGCAACUGGUCACAGCGUCAUAUUUGCCUUUGAGGAGUCGAUUGGCUUCCUGUGUGGGAGUAUGGUACCAGAGAAAGAUGGAGUGAGCUCAGCAGCCGUUGUGGCUGAAUUGGCUGCUUACCUCCACAACAAAAACCUGAGUCUGAACCAACAGCUGCAUAACAUCUACCAGACGUAUGGUUAUCAUGUGUCUAAAACUUCCUACGUCAUCUGUAACAACCCUCCCACCAUCCACAAGAUUUUCAAUCGCAUCAGAAACUUUGAUGGUGAAGGUUCGUACCCGAAGACAUGCGGCGGUGUCCAGGUCGUCCACGUUAGAGAUGUGACGACAGGAUACGACAGCAGCCAGCCUGACCUCAGAUCUGUCCUUCCUGUGUCGAGGAGCAGCCAGAUGAUCACGUUCACACUACAGAACGGCGUCGUGGCUACACUGAGAACGAGCGGCACUGAACCAAAGAUCAAAUAUUACACCGAGUUCUGUGCUCCACCAGGAAAAAGUGAUGUGACCAGUCUUGAGGAGGAGCUCAGGAAGAUAACCACGGCUCUCCUAGAUGACUUCCUGGAACCAGAGAGAAACCAUCUGAUUCGCCGCUGCUUGUAGCCAGGAUCCAGGUACCUGGCACCUGCCGUGAUGCCACAUCCUGUCAUGUUUCUACAUCAGCUGCUUUAUUCUGUGGCGUCAGCAGGAUUCAUGAUGCACUGAACACCUUUUAUGUUAGAGUAUGAAACAUUAUUCAGAACAUUCAGUAUUUGUCUCUGCAGUCUUUCUACAACAGAGCAUGUGUAAACAGAGUCCAAGCAAACAGAAAUCUUAUUUUUGUUUCAUUUGCUAUUUGCUUGUUGUGAAGCUGUAGUAACCAGUAAGACUAAAGGAAAAGUAUUCAGAAAUUAACGCCACCAGCAAAUUACCACUUACCCAACAGCUUAUAUUUGCUUUUCAAGUGUGAGUGAAACUCCAUGCGGAUGAGUCACUGUGGAAGUGUAUUGGUGGCAGAACAAGUGAACGCACAAAGAUAGGAAGACUUUUGUCAUCAGUGAACCUGCAAACCUGCAAAACCUUGAAGUCAACAGCUUCUAGUUUUCAAGUUUAUCUGAAUGUUGAAGUUUUCUUUCACACUGUGGAUGUUAUUUAUUUUUAUAUUUGGAUAAAUAAAUAAAUAUAUAUGUUGUACAGAGGAAAUGCUGCUCAUGAAUCACCUGCUUUAAUCGCUGGGCUGCUUAAGCAUCUGCUUAUUAUAGACUGAUGACUUUGUUUUUGAUCACAUGACACAGUGAGGCGUCUGUGGAGCCCAGCGACCGUUUAUGUUCACUUUAUUUAUUGUUGCAGCUUCAGUCCUUACGUUAGAAAUAAAGAUUGUUGUUCGUGUGGUGUUCUGAUGAGUCACUAAUAAAACGAAAUAGAACUUA